CAUGCGUGCUGAGCAGUGAGUGACUCGGUCCUGGCCCACCCACGGAAGUGGGGCUGCGCGAGGCCGGAAGUGGCGCCUGUUGUUCUGUCCGGUGGGAGCUGAGGGGAUCCUGGGCGGUCCAAGAUGUCGAUAGAAAUCGAGUCCUCGGAUGUGAUCCGGCUCAUCAUGCAGUACCUGAAGGAGAACAGCCUUCACCGUGCACUGGCCACCCUCCAGGAGGAGACCACCGUGUCCCUCAACACUGUGGACAGCAUUGAGAGCUUCGUGGCUGAUAUCAACAGUGGGCACUGGGACACAGUGCUGCAGGCCAUACAGUCCCUCAAGCUGCCGGACAAGACCCUGAUCGACCUCUAUGAACAGGUUGUUCUUGAAUUAAUAGAGCUCCGUGAGCUGGGUGCUGCCAGAUCCCUCCUAAGGCAAACUGACCCAAUGAUCAUGUUAAAACAGACUCAGCCAGAGAGAUACAUUCACCUUGAGAAUCUCCUGGCUAGGUCCUACUUUGACCCUCGUGAGGCAUACCCAGAUGGCAGCAGCAAAGAGAAACGGAGAGCUGCUAUUGCACAAGCUUUAGCUGGAGAAGUCAGUGUAGUACCUCCAUCGCGUCUUAUGGCAUUGUUGGGGCAGGCACUGAAAUGGCAGCAGCACCAGGGACUGCUUCCUCCAGGGAUGACAAUUGAUUUGUUCAGAGGUAAAGCAGCCGUGAAAGAUGUAGAAGAAGAAAAGUUCCCCACACAGCUGAGCAGACAUAUUAAGUUUGGCCAGAAGUCACACGUGGAAUGUGCUAGGUUUUCUCCAGAUGGUCAAUAUCUGGUAACAGGCUCUGUGGAUGGAUUCAUUGAAGUGUGGAAUUUCACUACUGGAAAGAUCAGGAAGGAUCUGAAAUACCAAGCACAAGAUAACUUUAUGAUGAUGGAUGAUGCAGUUCUGUGCAUGUGUUUCAGUAGAGACACAGAAAUGUUAGCAACUGGAGCACAAGAUGGGAAGAUCAAGGUGUGGAAGAUUCAGAGUGGGCAGUGUCUGAGGAGAUUUGAACGAGCACACAGUAAAGGUGUCACCUGCCUCAGUUUCUCUAAAGACAGCAGUCAGAUUCUUAGUGCUUCUUUUGAUCAGACAAUCAGGAUUCAUGGCUUAAAAUCAGGAAAAACUCUGAAGGAAUUCCGUGGUCAUUCUUCAUUUGUUAAUGAAGCUACUUUUACACAGGAUGGUCACUAUAUUAUCAGUGCGUCCUCUGAUGGCACAGUGAAGAUUUGGAAUAUGAAGACAACCGAGUGCUCCAACACCUUCAAAUCUCUUGGCAGCACUGCAGGAACAGACAUCACCGUGAAUAGCGUGGUUCUGCUGCCUAAAAAUCCAGAACACUUUGUCGUUUGCAACAGAUCAAACACAGUGGUCAUCAUGAACAUGCAAGGACAAAUUGUAAGAAGCUUCAGCUCUGGUAAGAGAGAAGGAGGUGACUUUGUUUGCUGUGCCCUUUCACCGCGUGAAUGGAUCUACUGUGUGGGUGAAGACUUUGUGCUGUACUGUUUCAGCACAGUGACUGGCAAGCUGGAGAGAACUCUGACAGUUCAUGAAAAGGAUGUAAUUGGCAUCGCUCAUCAUCCCCAUCAGAACUUAAUCGCCACCUACAGUGAAGACGGCCUCUUGAAACUCUGGAAACCAUAACUGUUUUUAACUAGCUUUGGAGCAUGUUUCUUAAAGAAGGGCUGAACGUGUUCAUGCUUUUAUGAAUCCAAAUAUGCUGAGUAAAAUUUCAGUUCAAGAGCCCAGAACUGUGUUUCAGUACUUGGUCUAAAUAGCUGUACAAUGUCAGUGGCUAGAACACUUUCAUUACCCUGUAUCUGGGUAGUUAAAGCAGUUUAAUUGCUAUAGAAGUGAUUAUUCUGUCUUGUGAAGUCUGUACCUUUCCUUUGUGCUGUUUAUAGAUGGAAAAACAACCAUCAGUUUAUAAAUGAUUGACUUUCUAAAAUGUG